AUGAAGUCUUCCGUCCUUCUUGUAUUGAUGGUUGCGGCAGCUAUCCUCCUCAUGAAUAGCUACACUCAGGCUGCUCUUACUCGUGGUGAAGCACGUUCUUCAGCACCCUCUCUCCUCACUCCUGAAUUGAAAGCCACCUGCCUCCGAACCAUUCAACAAUACGACAAGUGCUCCUUCUACACGGAUUGUUUGGAGAAGAUUAUGCCAUGUGGUUCUUCUGGUUAUGCCAUCAAUUAUGGCCUCAAGUAUUGUAGUGCAUUCUUUAGAUCACUCCAAGAAGGAGUCUACAAGAGCGAUUACUCGAAAAAGUGGGUUGCCUCUACGGGUCAUUGUCUUCAACAAGCUUUGAUGGAUAAUGUCGUGAGCAAGAUUUCUCAGGGAUGGACCUGUGAGAGAAUUACUGAUUAUGCUUUCAAUUCUCAUCCUGGAUGUUACACAGAUUCGGUGAGUCCUGUCGAUUCACAAACUUACAGCAUUUGUAAGAUUAGAAAUGUUUUCGAUGUGAAGAAUGUGUUGACCACAGUGGAUGCUAAGGAUUUGUUCUCCAUGAGAAGCAUGAAGCAAAUAAUGGGAGUUUUGAAGAAUUGCAUGAUUGACGUGUUGCCAUUUGAUGAAGUCAAUGAAUUGGAUCAAUACAUUGAAUAA